UGAUGUUUUGACUGGGGAAGGAACUGAUGCGCAGGCAGCUCUCCAAGCCGAGUAUGGCCCAGGCUCCGCUGUGUUUAUAGAAUGUGGCGUCACAAAGAAUGAAGAUUUGAAAUGCGCCAUGAAUACCGUGAUCAAGGAACAUGGAAAGCUUGAUAUUCUGUGCAACAACGCAGGCGUCGCUGAACAGCCAGACUGGGAGAAAACUUUUAAUGUUAAUCUGGGUGGAGUGAUCCGUGGUACAAAGCUGGGACUGGAGCUGAUGUCUUCUGGGGUGAUAAUCAACACUUCUUCUGUUGCAGGUAUUCGUGCGAAACAUCUUCUCAGCCCACCCCCCAUGAGUCACGUAAUGAUAUUUCACACCUUUUUCAAUUUCACCCAAUAAUUUUUCAUAUCUUUAUAUUACUCCGU